UCAAGGAAGUGCAGGAAAACUGCUCGCUAAAAAUAUUUUUUUUGUUAUUUUUAACAAAUGCAAUUAUGUAAAAUUGUCCUUUGUUCUUCUUCCAAAAUGGUAGUGAGAUAAAAUAAUCAGUUGUUCGUUAUGAACGAAGGAAGUGCAUGUGUGAUUGGGAGGACAGAAGAAAACUAGGUGGUGUGACAGAAAAGAAAAUACCGCAUAGGGCUUUCCAGUUAGAAAUUAUCUACCUUUCCAUUUAUACAUUAUUAUAUCUACCAUUAUGAGAUCAUAUGACCUAUUAAAGGUACAGGACAACAUUGUUUUUACAAUUUCUAUUACAAAUAAUUUGUCAUAACAUUUGACCCAGAUACGGUGCCGUGUGCGUUGACCUAUGGAUGUGAAUGCGGACUAAAGCACGAUGUUAUUUUUAGGAUACAGCUUUGCAGAUAAUUAAAUAUUUAUAGAUGCCGUUCGUGAUAAAAAAUAUAUAUAUAACAAAUUGUAGAAGCUCCCGUGAAUGUUUACUUCAUAAAAGAUGAAACAACAUGGUUAAUUACUGCAAAAAUGAGGAUGGAAAUUUUAGAAGAAAUAAAGGGAAACCUAAACAAAUAUUAACUAAACAUGAUUCCAUUUAGAAGAUUUUUUCCUUUGAAGGGAUCAAUUUAUUCCUAGUAUUAAUUUAAUGUUUAUCAAUAUUACAAUUUUCCCAUAAAGUGAUACAUAAUUUGAAAAUUUUGAAUAAUAGACCACACUGCCACUAGUGAUUUCACAACAGAAUCAAAGAACUUAAAAUUCUAAAUAGAAAAAUAAUAUUGAGAAAGCAUAUCAUCUUAUGUAGCAACCCAAAUAAAGAAAGCUUUGUGUUACUCUAUGGAAAAAGGGCACAAUUCCAUAAUUUAAAAAUGGAAUUAUUUUGAUUUUACCUCUAAAAAUUAUAAGAUGGUUACUUAGCAAAAGAAACCCAGAAAACAAAGACAAUAUGAUAUUUACUGACUGAAUCAAACAGUAAGUUAAAGGGUAUAAGGGUAAAAUUUGUACCUGGGCCUUAUGCCCUAAGGCCGGGGUAACACUCGGCAGUGAUGAAGAAGCAAAAUGUUCGCACUCUAUCGUUAAUUGUGUGCACAUUUACAUAUUUAUUGGUAGGGGCAGCUGUAUUUGAUGCAUUAGAAUCUACUACAGAGAGGCACAGAUUUGAAGUACUGCAAGCUAUAGAAGGAAUAAUAAUAAGAAAAUACAAUAUCACGGAAGAGGACUUCCGUGUGAUGGAGACAGUGGUGUUGAAAUCAGAGCCUCACAAGGCCGGCCAGCAGUGGAAGUUCACUGGAGCCUUCUACUAUGCCACUACUGUACUCACCACUAUUGGCUAUGGACACUCGACGCCAGCUACUAUCGGCGGGAAACUGUUCACAAUGUUCUACGCCAUUGUGGGGAUACCACUCGGCCUCAUCAUGUUCCAGAGUAUUGGUGAACGAGUCAACAGGCUUAGUAGUGUCAUAAUAAAGUCAAUAAAGCGAGCAAUGAACUGCAAACAAACAAACGCGACAGAAGUGGACCUGAUAUGCGUGGUGACUACUCUCUCAUCGCUGACGAUCGCCGGUGGUGCCGCCGCCUUCUCCACCUGCGAGGGCUGGAGCUAUUUCGAUAGUGUUUACUACUGUUUUAUCACGUUAACUACUAUUGGUUUUGGUGAUAUGGUGGCACUACAAAAAGACAACGCGCUGAAUCGAAAACCUUCAUACGUUAUGUUCGCUCUCAUCUUCAUACUGUUCGGAUUAGCGAUUGUUGCCGCCUGCCUCAACUUGCUGGUACUAAGGUUCGUUACCAUGAACACAGAAGACGAGAAGAGGGAUCAGCAACAGGCAGAACAGGCACAGCAAGUGGCCGUACGUCUGGAGGGGGAUGUGAUCACGGCGGACGGGGCCGUGUUGCGUGGUGUAUCACGCGGAACUCGACUGCCAGCAGACCCCCGGCACAUCGCUACUGGUGAUACAUCACUGGUGCCACUGUAUGUUGAUGAAGAGUAUGCGCCGAGUGUCUGCAGCUGUUCUUGCAACUGCUUCGGACCUAACAACGAAUUGGGCAGCAUACCACGGUUCAUAGAGAAGUCAUCGUCGAAGAACCGCUCGCAGUCUCUACGACUAAACUCAGCCUCCGGAUACUUAUAUAUGAAUGCGAAAACCAACGAGUUCCAACUAGACCCUGAGGACUUCAGAGAAAUGGUAUCCAAGAGGCGUGAACAGCUUCGCAGAGGUAUGAUGAUGUAUGAAAUGAGAUGCAACAACAAUGAACAGUACCUCAAUCCGUACCGGCACAGCAUCAGCAUGAAGAUGGAGACCAGCCCGCACAGUUCCUCUCUCUAUUCAAUGAAUAUCAGAUCGGAGAACCGAAGCAAUGACCCUCUAGUCGACGACUACGACUCCGAAAAGUCUAGCUACGCGAAGAAGAAACUAAUGAAGAACAUAGCCAGGAACACAAGCAACAUACGUAAAGAGAACUAUUUCUACGAUGAUGCUGUUCUGCAUUUCGAUGACGAGUACGCGUUCGACGGGUCUAUUUUAUUUGCUAAAAGAAGAAAAUCCAUAGAUAGAAACUGGGAGGAGUUCGCCUGCGAAAUGCCAAGGAAUCCUCACUACGGAGCUGAUCAAGUGUCCAACGAUGGCAGUUACGGGUACUACUUGCCUGAUGAUGAGGAGCAAGAGCAGUACUUUGUGAAUGAUACCCUAACGUUUAAUCUUCCACCGCACCGAGCGAGUAUAUAGUGAAAGUGCCAAGUGCAACUCGUGCCAAAGUGAAAACUCAGUGCCAAACUGUACGUUAGUGCUAGUUUCGAAACUCAACAUAAAUGGGCCAAUUAAUUAAAAAUAUGGUUAAAUAGACUUUUACAAUUUUUGCGGUAGUUUCGAAGUUUGAAGUUAUAGCUUUUACACAUAGGGGUGACUGAGGUCGCAUUUUUUAUUAAUGUUCUACGAAUACUGAGCUUGGCUUCCUUGUAGAUAUUGUAAUAUAGUGGUUUUAAUGGUUGCUUGCUACGCGUGAGUACGUACGUUGUGUUGUCGUAUACUUCGUUGCCUGUGGGAUUUUUAUUCAUACAAUAACUAUCCUCAACAGUAUUUUUUUAAACGGGUUUUAACACUAACAAUUUUAUGGUAAAUAAAGGUAUUUACCUCUAUCGAUGUUUUGACUAUGUUGCACUGGCCGUGGUCACGAGCUGUUCUGCUAUGUAUAUAAAAGACGGUUCAUUCGGUGGUCAUUUGGUCAUUUGGUGGACCGACUUAUAUCGUUCCAGUUACAUAAAAAAAUCUGUCAACACAACACCACCUAGUCCCAAGCUAAGUAGAACUUCUGUUAUGGGUACUAGAUAACUGAUAGAAAUACUUAUAUAAAAUAACAUGUAUUUACAUACAUACGAAACACCAGAUCCAUCAAAAACAUCUACUCAUGGAUACAAGUGUUUGUACUGUGCCGGGAAUCGAACCCGCGACCAUCGGACAUAAGGCAGUGUGCUAAACUACUAAACCAUGAAAUCCGUCAAUGUUAGUAUACGACAACAAUCAAUUGUAUUUAUUUGCAAUUUAACUACUGCGAUACAGAGACUAUUGAGAUUAGUUGGGGUUGAUGUGAUAUGAAGGCCCACAUGUUAUUACUUCAAUGAGGAACAUCAACUAGAUGUCACGGCAAUAAGAAUGACCAACUAUACAGAUACUCACUUAGAAAAAUUUUUUUCACUUGAAUUUAGUUUAAUCCUGUUUAAAAUUGUGCUUUAUUGCUUAUGUUUAAAGUUUAAAUUACUUCUAAAACGAAGGAAGUUCUAUGUUGGUUUUUUCUCUUAUAGAAUAUUAAAACACUCGGCUAGCCGUCACCGGUAGCGUCUGUUAGUCAUAAUAUAUAUAUUAAAGACGGUACUUAUGUUAGUUAAUCCUCAAAUAUCAGACUAAUCGUUUUUACUUAAACAUACUCUUACCGUUGUCUAUUUUCAAAAGCAAAACUGUUGUAUCAGUCUGGGGACAGCGGGACAGACAGCCUGAAUGCGGGACUGUCCCACACUCAUAUGGGUGAAUGGUUAUAUUAGUUUUCCGCCGUGAUCAUCUAGUUGAUUGUUGAUUGAAGAUUGAUAUUAAAAUUAUUUAGCAAUAUAGCUAUUCAUUAUUAUCGCUUUGAAUCGCGAAAUAACAAGUUGGUACUCACUUGUUUAAUAAUAACGCUUUGAAACGGCAUGUGUGAUUAUUCGAUUCCUAAUAUCGAUAGUUGGUUGUGUUACUUAGUCCCAUCCUUAUUCAUAUAACCUAUAAAUAAAUAUGAACUUUUCGUCUUUUGUCCUUUUCCUCAGAUUAAAAAAAUAGCUGGAAGGAAAAGGCGGCGAGUCUAUAAUUAGAAAAGAUUUUUGUAUAUAAGUUAAUAAAAUCAUUGUAAUUUAAAUUUGAAAUAAUUACAAGCAAACAAUCCGUCGGUAAAAAUAAAUAAGAUAUUUUGCAUACCAUAUAACAACAUAUCGAAUAAUGCUUAAUACAAUACUGGAUAAUACUCAAAACAUAAAAUGUUGGAAACGCCACUAAAAGUUUUAAUUAUAGAGUAUAAUUUCAAAAAUUUUUGAGUUGCAGUAUUAUAAUUAAGCGUACGACUUGUAAUUUUUUAACGCGACUAACUAUCGAAUUGUGGGUUUAAUGACGUAAUUAUAGUUUGCUUCUCCAACACUAAGAAACAAUAUGUAGGAUAAGAAAUAGAUGAAAUCCAAGUAUACUGUAUACAAUUGUCCAAAAUUAUUUCUAAUUAGACUAUGCUAAAUCAGACAUAUAUAUAUUUACA